AUGACUGAGUCGAGGGAGGAGAAGGGCUUUGCGAUCGGUCGCCUGAGCCGUGAUCGGCUGAGCUGUGCGUACGAGCCCGUGAGCGCUUGGCCGGCGGAUGUGUGGAGUUCUUGUGCACCCGAGGCGUUGGAGAACCUGCACGGGCUGGACUUGACGGGCUGCGAGUUGACGGACGAUGAUCUCGCCUUCCUGACGCUGUUCCCCAAUCUCAAGGACUUGGUGCUCGACCACAACGAAAUCACCAGUCAUGCCAAACUGCCGCCCCUGCCCACCUGCACCUCCUUAUCCCUCAAUCGCAACGCCAUCACCGACUACGCGCAGCUUGCGGAGGUGCUGGCAGCUGCGUGCCCACAACUUUCAUUCCUCAGCUUGAUGAUGAAUCCCGGCAGCCGCCACGAAAUGUUGGGUCAUUCAGAGGAGCAGUGUGCCGUCUAUCGCUCAACCAUCGUCCGAACCCUGCCCCACCUCCACUUUCUCGACACGCAUCGCGUUGAGGAGGUCGAACGCCCCUCCAAAACAACCACAUUGCCGCUGUCGGCCAAAACAGUUCCUUCCGACUUCAAGGUGCCGUCUCCUUCGACAUCCAUCAACCCAUCAGAACCCCAAGCCGCUUCAAAACAACCCGAGUCAGAGCCUGGUACAAAGCCCGAGCCCGAGCCAGAACCCGAGCCCGAGUCAGAGCCCGAGCCCGAGCCCGAGCCAGAACCCGAAAUCAAUGUGGAUCUGCAGGACUUGCAGCAGCUGGCGGCUGAAAUCAAUCUUGAUGCUGCUGUCACACCGCAGGGCCCUGCGGCACCGGCACCGAUGCCCGAGGACUACGAGAACAACGACCUUGCACCCAGUGAUCAUGUGCCUUUGCAAGUCGUGGUCGAUCCCGACACAGAGGUCCCGGCGCCACGCCGUCGCAGCGGCGACUCACGGCGGAGCACCCGGCUUGAGCGGCUCUCUCGGCUCAUGGACAGCGUUAGCGAAGAAGGCUCGCUGCCCGGUGUCUCCGAAUCAGAGGUUGCCACUGCCUCAGAGCUUGGUCUUAGCGUGGGCAGCGCCGUGGAUGUGAUUGAUGAGGCCGAGAGUGAGGCCGAGGCCACGUCCCCGGGUCCAGCUGGGGAAGAGCGAGCGUCUUUGGCGGCCGCCUUUCGAUUACCGUACAACACGGCCAUGCGCAGCCUACGCCACACCCACGCCGAACCCCUCAACGCAUACAUGCACUUUGGUGUUGCGGUGCGACCAGCUCUGACGACCGUGCUGUCCAAUCCCACUGGCCCGCGCAUGGCUGGGAUUAUGGUCGAUUUGUGGGAGGCCAUGCCGCCGCGAGGGUUAAAGUUGUUUGAGGCCUUGGCCCAACAAGACAUGGCAAGCUAUUGUGACUUUUAUGGCCAUUAUCCAGAUGGUACCCCGUGCGAGGUGAUCAAAUACGGCUAA